UCCAUCCACAACGCAACCCAGCGCUCCCCAUAAGCUCCCAGAUCUUUCCACAGCCUCUCACAAAACCCCCCCUCCUCUCUCUCUCUCAAGAACAAAGCUCUCUCAGAUACAAAUCUCUUUCUUAUAAAGCCUCUAAUAUCCUAUAAAACACCCCUCUUUUCAAAUUCUUCCCGCUCCCAAUUCCAAUUUCUUUUCUGGAUCUGCUAUUCUCCAAUCGCUUCCUUUAAAUUCAACAGAGCAAACCCUAGAUUAUCUUUCCACUGCAGAGAAGAGCAAAAGACUUUAUAGGGAAUGGCCGAUCAAGGAGGCUUGGAAGGGAGCCAACCCGUAGAUCUCAAGAAGCAUCCUUCUGGGAUCGUCCCCACCCUACAGAACAUUGUGUCAACGGUCAAUUUGGACUGCAAGUUAGAUCUUAAGCAAAUUGCACUGCAAGCUCGUAAUGCAGAAUACAAUCCAAAGCGGUUUGCUGCUGUAAUCAUGAGAAUAAGGGAACCAAAAACAACAGCAUUGAUUUUUGCUUCUGGAAAGAUGGUUUGUACUGGAGCUAAGAGUGAACAACAGUCAAAGUUGGCAGCACGGAAGUAUGCUCGAAUUAUUCAGAAGCUUGGUUUUCCAGCUAAGUUCAAGGAUUUCAAGAUUCAGAACAUAGUUGGUUCUUGCGAUGUUAAAUUCCCCAUCAGGCUUGAAGGACUUGCAUAUUCCCAUGGUGCCUUUUCAAGCUAUGAGCCAGAGCUAUUCCCGGGGUUGAUCUAUCGAAUGAAACAACCAAAGAUUGUGCUGCUAAUUUUUGUGUCCGGAAAAAUUGUUCUUACAGGAGCUAAGGUCAGAGAUGAGACCUAUACAGCCUUUGAGAACAUAUACCCAGUUCUUACCGAGUUCAGGAAAAACCAGCAAUGAUUUUGUGGGAAGAAAAGUCGGAUUGUGUUCGCGGAAAGUUUGAAGGUGGAAAGACCUGGCAAUGUAAUUGCUGAGAGCCUGGAUUGAACUGUAAAUAUGGAAAGCAAAUUAUGCAUUGGUUCUCUGGUGGUUAAGUUAAAAGAUGUGUGAUGGGAAAACAUUAUAUUACAGAGUUAACGUGAAAAAAGAAAAGAAAAAAAAAAAAGAGAGAUAAUAAGAAGUUUUGAUUUUUCCUUGGACACUUGCUUUUGACUUCUUGGAUAGAAUGUUGGUCUAUGAAAACUUUGUUGUGCUGUUUGUUGGGUUUAAUCGAGGUCUCUCCAAUAGUCCAAUGUGGAACAUUAACUAAAUGUAACUGCCAGUCUCAUUCAGAUCAAUGGGUGCAAGAAAAGCAAUUGUUAGC